CGGUGCCUUCCCCGGUCCCUUUCCCGGUCCCUUCCCCGGCGUCGCCGCCGCCGCCCCGCGCAGCCCCGCCCCGGCUGCGAUCCGCCAGCGGGGCCGCGGGGUCCGCCCGCAUCGCGGGGCCAUGAGCUUCUUCGGGUUCGGGCAGAGCCCGGAGCUGGAGCUGGUGCUGAGCGACGCCGAGAGCCGGCGGCGGGUGGAGCACAAGACGGAGGAGGGCAAGAAGGAGAAAUACUUCCUCUUCUACGACGGCGAGACCGUGUCGGGGCGGGUGGUCCUCACCCUCAAGAACCCCAACAAGCGGCUGGAGCACCAGGGCAUCAAAGUGGAGUUCAUCGGGCAGAUCGAGCUCUACUAUGACCGAGGGAACCACCACGAGUUCGUGUCCCUGGUGAAGGACCUGGCCCGGCCUGGGGAAUUCACCCAGUCACAGACAUUUGACUUUGAGUUCACGCACGUGGAGAAACCUUACGAGUCCUACACGGGGCAGAACGUGAAGCUACGGUAUUUCCUCCGUGCCACCGUGAGCCGCAGGCUGAACGACGUGGUCAAGGAGAUGGACAUCGUGGUGCACACCCUGAGCACCUACCCCGAGCUCAACUCCUCCAUCAAGAUGGAGGUGGGCAUUGAGGACUGCCUGCACAUCGAGUUCGAGUACAACAAGUCCAAGUACCACUUAAAAGAUGUGAUUGUGGGGAAGAUCUACUUCCUGCUGGUGAGGAUCAAGAUCAAGCACAUGGAGAUAGACAUCAUCAAGAGGGAGACGACGGGGACAGGGCCCAACGUGUACCACGAGAACGACACCAUAGCCAAGUACGAGAUCAUGGAUGGGGCACCUGUGAGAGGGGAGUCCAUUCCCAUCAGGCUCUUCCUGGCUGGCUAUGAGCUGACUCCAACAAUGAGGGACAUCAACAAGAAGUUCUCUGUGCGUUAUUACCUCAAUCUGGUGCUGAUUGAUGAGGAGGAGAGACGCUACUUCAAACAGCAGGAGGUGGUGCUGUGGAGGAAAGGGGACAUCGUGAGGAAGAGCAUGUCCCACCAGGCUGCCAUCGCGUCGCAGCGCUUCGAGGGCUCGUCCUCGCACGGCGAGGCCAAGGCGCCCGCGCAGCCCGCGGAGAACAACGGGCGCCAGUGAGCCCAGGGCACAGCCCCAGCACUGCGGCACCGCGGGGGAAACGCCCAGAGACUGCACAGAAACCAAUUCCCGAUUUGACUUCAUUCCUUUCUGCGAAGGACGGCCGGGGCGGGAUGGGGCGGGAGGGCUCGGCGAGCUGGAGCGCUGGCGGCGCUUCCCAAUCCGUGCGCUCCUCUGGAGCCGGGCUGGAGCUGCUCCGAGGCCGUGUCCGGAGCUGCCCCAUCUCCCCUGUGCCCCCAGAGCCUCGGCCUGGCAGCAGGGAAGGACAGAGCACCUGGAGGCCCAGCCUGUGCUUCUCCCCCCAUGGGGAGGCUGCUUUGGGGCUCUGUAGGAUGGAUGUUUUUUCUUGCCUUUCCGAAAUCUUCCCUGGGGAGAGCUGCCCGUGAUUAGCUGGAUGCUGGAGGAGGGAUCAGAGACUGGCGUGGCCUGCUGGAAAUCUUGUGGUGUCGUCCCCUCGCUGCUUCCCCUUCUUCCUCUUCGUGCUGGCGUUGGAUUCCUUGCCACAAGCAGUUGGAUGGUGGAGGUGGCUCAGCCCUGGGACUGCCACCCAGCACGGGGAGCACGGGCUGUGUCCCAGCAGGAGCUGUGGCUGGUAGGAGGGACUGAGAUGUGUGGGCAGAGCGGUGACGGUCCCAGUGCUGCUGGGUGGGCAACAAGAGGGGGCAGGAAGGCUCCUGGCCAUGAGCUGUGCCUUCCUAGUCCUGUCCUGGCAGCUGAGUUCUCCCAAGCUGCUGUUGUGCAGCUCCCAGGUGCUGCUUCAGAGAGCAGUUCUGGAGUUCCUGGGACUCUCCUGUGGGUGGGUUUGUGCUGCCCUGCCCGUGUCUGUGUCCUUGGGACGGACAGCAGCGUGGGGACACGUGUGUGGGGUCUGGUUUGCUGCCUCUGCCUGCAGGACGAGCAUUAGUGGGGACAGAACGUUGGUGCAGUUGUUGUGGGAGGCUCAAACAGGCCUGUGUGGGCUGCUGGAAGGAGCCAAGCAGCACCUGGGAGGGUGGCAGAGCUCUGAUUCCAGACACACAUUCCUGAGGCCUGAGCUGAAGUCACCAGCGAGGUCUGAGAGCAUGCAAUGAACUGAGAACCUGAAUGUGGGUUUUCUUUUUUUUUUAAAUAAGCUGCUUUUAGCCUUCAGCUAAGUAGACUCAUGAGCACAUUCCCAGAAGGAAGUCACUCCUCCAUUAAAAACCAGAUGUGGCUUUGUAGGCUUGAUGGACUGAGUUUGGAGAAUGUCCAUGCUGUUCAGCUGCCCUCCAACAAGCAGGUGCUGACACCUCCUACCCAAGGGAGAGAAAAGCCUGCACUAAGUGCUGGGACAUGAGCUCUGUCUAGUAGGGUUUGUCUGGAUUUCCCUGAGUUUGUGGCUCUCUAAUUUGUCCAGCUUCUUUCUGGCUCUGGAAUCAAGUUCCUCUGUCCUACAGCUGAAUGUAGAGCAGGUGUCUUGCAGCUGGGAGAUGGAAGUUUCUGCUUUGUUCAGUGGAGGGAGUGGGGCUGGGGUGGGAAGGGGAGCUUUUUAUGUAAUGACAGCUACUGUAUUUCAGUGAUAAAUGUGUGUUUCUGCUUGCCAAAGUAAGUUAUCUUUUCCUGACCACGUGUAAGGUUGUGGUUUUUAGUAGAGCUGGCCAGUCUGGCUCUGUAGAGGACACUAAUGCUCUCAUCUCUGCUGAAUGCCUGUGUCACCCCAUGGUUCUGCUGUGCACCCCUGAGGACCUGGCUUGUCCCCCAGGGGGAGUCUGUGCCAUGGGCUGGGGCUGUGUCUUCCCAAGGCUCAAAAGUUCACUACAGACAGCAAUCCCCUUGCUGUGCCAGGGCUGGGGACCUCUGCCAUGGCAAAGAACCCUGGAUGUCACUUUGGACACUCCUCCCUCUCUCCCUCAGGGGAGCUGGCUGUGCUGCAGCCAGGCACAAUCCUUUAGGGACAAGUGAAGCUCCUUUGGGAGCCUUGGGGAUAACAAAUUAUCCUUCUGUGGCUGAGCUGAGCACAGCAGCGCCCUUAGAAUCUUCUUAAGCUUUUCUUCAGCUCCCUCCUUGCCUUUAUUCCUUUUUUCCCUUUAUUCCCCUGGAUUGUGGGCCAUGUGGUGGGAAAGAAACCCCCUGGAUGGAGAUGUCUCUGCAUUCCAGGAGUGUUUUCUUUCCUGCCUGACUGGAUGUGAGAUCAUUGCCUGGCUGUAAGGGGAUGGCUGUUCAACAUCUGUUCAUCAUUCCUGGAGGGUUCCCCUGGAAAAGGUGCAUGAGUGUGUACAUUGAUUGGGGGAUUUUUCCUACGUGUCCCUGGGUGUGGAACCAGAAUUCAGAAAUGAUUCCCAUUUUUACUGAACCUGAUGGACCAUUCAUUAGCCACUCUGUUUGUCUGGGGUGGAGCAGAUGUGCUGAGCAUCCUUAGAGAGAAGCUGGGGUCACUCCAGGCCAAGGUACUCUAGAACAGUGUUUUGUGAGCAUGUGAAGGGGCAGAUGCUGCUCGAGCAGUCGUGUCCCCCUGAGCUGGUGGUUCUGUGCUGUACUUGGGUCAUUCCCUCUCUCCCAGGCAGAGGGGAGUGGGCAAGUACCAAACCAAGCAGUACAACUUGUAAUUAAGCCUCUGCUGUGUUUACAUGUUUCUUAAUUCGUCGUCUUUUCAAUGGCUGUAUUUUAAAACUUGGGUUUUUUUGUCUCUCCAAUUAAAAAGAGCCAGCCCUGGCUGUCAAAUGCUG